CAAAGGGAGGAAAGAGCAGCUCUUAGAGCCGUCCCUGAGGGCCGAGGGGAGGGAGGGAAGGGCAGAGCAGCUCCCGGAGCCCGUGAGCGGCGGGCACGGCGCUGGCUGCGGGCACUGCCGGGCACGGAGCUGCUGGAGCGGGGCCGGGGGAGGCCGCGGAGCUGCUCCAGGGAGAGCUCAGAGCCCCUUCCAGGGCAUAACGCAGCUCCAGGAGAGCUGGAGAGGGACCUGGAACGAGGGAUGGAGGGACAGGACACAGGGAAUGGCUCCCACUGCCAGAGGGCAGGGCUGGAGGGGAGAUUGGGCAGGAAUUGUUCCCUGGCAGGGUGGGCAGGCCCUGGCACAGGGUGCCCAGAGCAGCUGUGGCUGCCCCUGGAUCCCUGGCAGUGCCCAAGGCCAGGCUGGACAGGGCUGGGAGCAGCCUGGGACAGUGGGAGGUUUUUCCCACUAUCUCAUCUAACCACACUCUCCUUUUCAACUCAUCCCCCCGUACCUCAUCUUUCCUUGCUGCCCCAUGGCCUCUGCCCCAGCAGAGAGCUCCGGGAGCCAUGGGAAGGGGCUGGGGUGGAGCCAGAGUCACAGCAGCUCUGCUUUGGACUAUUCAGGAGGCACCUUUGAGUCCUUCAGCGAGGAGGAGGAGAGCGAAGCUCCUGGAUCCUGGUGUUCCACGGAGGAUUUGGAGGGGACAGCUGUGUCAGAGGCGUUGGAAAGCUCAUUGUCACUGGCAGGCCAAAGUCCUGCAGAGGAGGAGUCUGAAGCAGUGGAUCCAGCUGUGGAAAGAGCUGCCAUAGGAAAAUGGAUUGAUGCCAUGGGAAAAUGGAUUGGUCUGAAAAAUAAAGACACUGGGAUUAGUCCAGACAAACCUGUCAUCAGAACUCCUGCUGGGCUGACCCUGGUUUGUUUUCCCGUGGGUAGCACGAGGUCGCACAGACAAAGAGCAGCGAUUCCUGUUUCCCUGGCAGCCCCUGAUGCUCUGUGGCCGGCAGGAGUUCCCGGGUGGUCCCGAGGGGAGCUGGGCGCUCUGGGCGCGUUCUGCAGCAGGAGGAUCAGCGGGAUGCGGCGCGCACGGAAGGACAGGGCGCUGCACUGGGCAGUGCCAGCAAGGCAGACCGGGACAGGAGAUCCCAGAGCUGUUCCUGCCCAGCUGAUGAACAGGAUCCUGCUGGAAAACACCAGGGAGGCUGUGAAACAGGUGACAGAGGCUGAAAUCCACGAGGCUUCAACAUGUCCUGACUGCCAGCAGAAGAAAGCAGAGCUGGCCAAGGUUGCCUUUCUCAGGCAAAAAAAGACUCUUCUGGAAAGUGCUUUAAUCCAAGAGAAAUUGGAAGAACAGUUCUACUCCAGAGACAUGCUGACACUCCUAGGAGAAGCACUCAGAAGCUUUCCCAAACCUUCAGAGGAUCCCAGGGAUUUGUGGCAAAGGCUGAAGGAAAUGGAAAGCCUGAAUUAAGUGGGUGAAGGACUGGGAGAGCCUCCUGUGGGCAGUCACCUCCAGAAUUCCAAUGAAUUUGGAUCUGAGCUGCUCUGGCAGUGAUGGAUUGGGUGCUGCUUUAAUAUUCCUGCAGGUGGAGGCAGAUCUGCCUGGCUGGGGUGUGAGUCAACCCUUUCUCCUUCCUCAAUGCAAAUGUUGCAGUAUAUUGUAAUCCAUCUCCAUAGGCUUCUCAAAUUUCAGAAGCCAACAGUUCCCAUUAUUAAUCUGGCAAGGCAGAAGUAUUGUUUUUUAUGGGAUUGCUGUGGGAUUGCAGAGCAGCUCCCAGCUGCUUUCAUCCAUAAGGAAAAUAAAUGAUUCCCUUUGCCAGGGCAGGGAGGUGUAAUUACUGCAUUUCAGCUCAGCCUUUGCCCACUGUCUCAUGGUAAAUUGAAAGUGAGAGCCCCAGGUGGAGGACAAAAAGCAAAGUUAACUAUAGAAAGCAGUAAAAUGAAAUGCAGUAUUUAUAGAAGGGAAAUAAUGAGGCUGUAACAGAAAUUAAUCAGCAGGACUGAGGAUGCCAAUGGGAUGAGAAAUGAUAAUAAAUUAAUCAUGAAAUCUAUAUAGGAUAGAGAGGAAAAAAACCCAACAGAUUAAAACCAGAAUGGGAAUUACAAGAAAAUACUUUGAAAUUUGUUGUAAUUUUUCAAGAUGAUGAAGUCACUGUUGUUCAAAGACUGGAUCUGUUCAGUACACAUCCAAGUAAAACAGAAUUGUGCUGGGAA